AUGAGCGGUACGGUGGGAGAGGUGGGAGAGGUCAAAACGUCCCCGCUUUGGGAGCUGUGCUUGGAGGGACGCAGUGAUCCGCGCUGGACGCUGGACGCGGACACCUCGGUUAGGGCUAAAGGAAAGAACUCAACUCAGGCAACGGGCAGAGAAGAGCGCAGAGCCUGUCAAGUCAAACCCUCGCCGUCAAUUCAAUCAAUUGCAUCUAUCUCGACUUCUUCUUCUUCUUCGAAUACCCUCACGUCACAUCACACCACACCACCCCACCACCCCACACACAGCACAGCACACAGCACACAGCACACCCACCACAAUGGCAACCCCAACGCCACCGCACCUCCGCUCGCUCUACCGCGCGCUGCUGCGCGAGCUGCCGCCCCUCGCGGCCCGGCGCACGCCGCUGCACCACGACUGCGCGACUCGUUCCGCGCUUCUUCGGGGACGGGGGAGGCGGAGGCGGUGGAGUUGGUGCGGUAUCUGAGGGCGCAGAGAAUGUAUGCGACGCUGCUGGAGAGGUAUAAUCCGGGCCUGGGGAGGGAGACGGAGGAUAGAGUGAGGUUGAGUGCGAGGAGGGUGGGGCUGGAGAUGCCGAAGGAGAUGGCGGGGAGGGGGUAG